AUGAAGGCAAUAUCUCGCAGCUUCGUUUGGUGGCCAAAACUUGAUGUUGAAAUUGAAGAGUUUGUGAAGAAGUGCAGUAUCUGUCAGAAGACUAGGAAAUCAAUGCCAGUGGUCCCGUUACAACCAUGGUCAUGGCCAAACCGCAACUGGCAAAGGCUACAUCUAGAUUUUGCCGCCUAUGAGGGGAAAGAUUUUCUCAUUCUCGUUGAUAGUAGAUCCAAAUGGCCCGAAAUCUUCCACAUGAAAUCUACAACUUCUGCUAAAGUAAUAGAAAAGCUAAGAACCUGUUUUGCAGCUUACGGCUUACCAAAUACUGUGGUAACAGAUGGAGGUACUCAGUUCACGUCUCAAGAGUUUAAUGACUUUCUGAAGUUCAAUGGCAUUCGGCAUCUGGUUUCACCACCAUAUCAUCCGGCUUCAAAUGGCCUUGCAGAAAGGAUGGUGCAGACAACCAAAGACGUCUUCCUGAAACAGCUUUUGGAGGAUUCAAAAACCACUUUAAACCGAACCCUACAACAUAGGCUAGACAGCUUUUUGUUUGCCUACAGGAACACGCCACACUCGACCACAGGCAUGACACCUGCCGAAAUGUUUCUCAAGACCAUCCCACGUACACCAUUGAGUUUACUUAAGCCUCAUUUGUCUGACGAUAUGAAGAGAAAGCAAGAAGAGACGAAAACGAGAGCUGAUACCCGAAGAGGAAAACAGAGAUCUUUUAAUAAAGGAGAUAUGGUGCUAGUCCGUACUGUGAGACAAGAGAAGAUAAACUGGCAGUCUGGUGUCAUUUUCAAGGUUGUCAGUCCAGUAACCUAUCUAGUUAAUGUGGAAGGUAAAACAAGUUUCAUACAUGCAGACCACCUUAAGUUGAAUCCAUCACAUGAAGAUGAAGAAGAACAAACGUUACCUAGACCAGAUGAAAACACAAGGACAGAAGAAAUUGCAGCACCGGCAAUUGAAUAUUCUCCUAGACAAACCCCAACAAAAAGCCCUAGUAAAUCCCGGACAAGACCAUCAUUACCACAAAAUCAAGACUCUCAAGAAUCACCAGGAAUAAUCAAGUCUCCAGAAAGAGUAAACUUGAAGAGUCCAGACUCAUGUAUCAGGCGUUCAAACCGAACAAUAAAACCGCCUGAUAAACUGAACCUGUAG